AUGUCACUACGGGACACUAUGCGUGAAUAUAGAAAGGCCACUUUCACCAUCUUUGCAGGAAUUGGCCUCAUUAUCUUUGGAUUCAUCGUUGGAUUCGUCAGUAUUGCCCUGGGAGUCCUCUUCCUCUACACUCCAAGUGAUUAUUCGUAUUCGUCUUCCAAAUCCGAUUCUGAACUAUUUAAAUGGGCUGUGAGUGCUGGUGCAUUUGGAUUUUGUUGUAUCAUUGCUGGAUAUUCAAUGAUUGGAGGUGGAUGCAGAAUGUGUUUCUCAAGUUGUUCCGAAUGUUGUUCGAAUGGAUGUGGACGAAUGGAUUGUAGUGAUUUUGAGUGUUGUGAUUGUGGGUCAUGUUGCUCAGAUUAUUGUUGGAGUUUGGGAGAAAUGAUGAAGAGUUGUUGUGGAUGUUGUGUUGGAAAGGUAGCAGAGAAUCAAGUUUCGUAUAAUAUGGAUUCGUAUGAGGCGAGUCGUCAGGAACAUACUAUUGUGCAUUUGGUGUAUGAAAAUAAUGAAACGAAGGAGGAAAUUCCAUUGGAAGUUCUUCAAAUGCAACAACAACAAUUAUCAGUGCAACCAAUUCAUGCUGCAGAUGUGAAAAUUCAAAAUCCAAACGUUCCAGCUGAAGAUUCUGAUAAUAAUUAUUCGAAUGAUCAUCAAUAUGGUGGAUUUAGUGGAGUUGUUGCACCACCUAUUCAAGAAGAACCAACUGUUUCUUCUGCAUUUGUGCAAGUUGGCAUAGUUGACCAAGCAAUGGUUGAAUAUCAUAGAUCUGAAUCUAAUAAUGAAGUGAUGGAAAUCAAUGCUCCAACACAAGUUUAA